UAGCCAAGCUUGUGCAUGGUUCAGCGCCAUUGUAAGCUGCUCUUUUCGGCAACUUUUGGAGUAUUAGUACUCCCCAAGGCCGAUAAAUUCGCGAGCAUUUACGUCCAGACAGUUGCAAAAAGCUCUACCGUAUCAGCCAGCGUUCCCAUAUCACACGGCACGCAUACCCUGCAUGUUGACAUCCAUGUCUGUCAGACUUUCGUGCAAUGUGACGGUCCGCCUUUUGCUUUUGCUUCCAUCAUUGCUAUCCGCUUAUACAUAGUUAAUGUAUGACGGCUAUGUUACGGAGACGUGCGGCAUCCGUUCGCCCCUACUAUCUGCGGCAAAGAGUCUCCAGACCUCCAAGUAUAUAUACCUGUCGAUGGCUACAUACUGGACCUAUGGUUAUGCUUGCUCACUUCAUGAGGAGUGGACGUUCUUGCUUCGAUCGCGCUGGUCCAAGGUAAAAGUCCUUUAUAUCGUUACACGAUACAUACCCUUUCUCCUCUUCACCGGGCAUCUUUAUAUGAACUUCACCCCGGAUGAAAACCCCAAUAAAUGCCAGAUGCUCGACACCGUCUGCUCAUGUUUCAGCCUAAUAUCAGUCACUUGUUCCGAAUGCUUUUUCGUUCUCAGAACAUAUGUGCUGUGGAACAAUAAUAGAAUCGUGCUCACAGUCUUGCUGGCUGCCUUUCUCGCUGUUGCCGUAUCAUCCGUCGGCCUGUUCUUUGGCUCAAGUGGCACCGUACCAUAUCAGACCAGCACGAUCCCGGGUAUUACAGGCUGCUACCGGCCCUCGAGCGGCAUCGGGUUCUUCGUACCAUUUAUUCUCUUAUCUGCGUUCGAGCUGGGACUUAUCUCCCUUACCCUCAUACGCACCCUGCAGAGCUGGCGGACGGCUAACAACCAUCUAUUUGCUGUCCUGGUGAAACACAAUAUAUUCUACUAUGCAUGUGGCCUAUUUUGUUCGGCGGUGAACAUCCUCACGUCGCUGCUCCUCCAUAACGCGUACAUGGACAUGUUUCAAGAUUUUCAAUUCAUCAUCCUCGCGAUCCUCGCCACACACAUGCAUCUCUAUCUUUGGCAUAUGGAUCGGGAUCUGCAUGGUUCUGACACCCUGACGCCUAUUCCUCUGUCCGAAAUGUCAUAUGGGAGCCGUGUUGUAGCGGGGAGGUCUUCUGUAGAGAGUGUUGGAGGUCCUGGUGCAGUGACUGGAUUUGAUAUAUAGGGUGUCUCCGCAUGUCGGUAACCAACCAACCAUCCACCUCCUGCUGUUGACUUGGCUUUGCGAUCCUACGGGAGGUAUCUCGUUGUGUCUGAGCCUGUGCCUAGUCCAACGUCUUGUUGCCUGUCCUUUCAUGGAGUGAAUCGUGCAGGGUGAGACGGUCAGUAUAAGGAAAUUUUUACUGCAAUUUGUGAGCGCGGGCAUGCAGUGAAGGUAUGGGCGAGGUGAAAUCAAUUAGCAUCAGAAUUUGGUGUCCUAGUUAAUAGUGCUGGAUGAACCAACUACUUGUAGGCG